AUGUUAUCAGAAACAAAUAAGGAAGUUUAAAAGGAUUAAAAUGUUGUACCACAAUUAAAUCAAGCUCCAAGUAGCACAUAUUUUGUUUACAAUUGUUAUUUACCAGUAGUGCAAGAUUACAUGAGUCAACCUCCUCCUCUAUAGGUUAGGAACUCAAGUAAGAAAACAAAGUUAAUAAUUAAGGUGAGUCUUUUCCUCAGUUAAUAAAAAACAAUGAUAGUAUUCAAUUGUCUCAUUUGGGUCCAGGAGUAUCAAUACCAAGUUUUUAAUUUGGGGCUUCUGCUCCAUUUGUUACUCCAGAUGAGGUAAUGAGAAAUGUAUAGCCUACACAAAAUCAUUUUGCUUCAUUUAUCUUGAAUGAAUAACUAAAGACACAAAAUUAGCCAACAAAAAAUAGAAUAAUUGAAGGGACUUAAACUUUAUGUGAUAUAGAAAUUGUAUUAAUAUCAAGAUAUUUUGAUAUGAAAGCUCAUGUAAUGUUGUAUAUUUAAUAGAAAGGUAUUUUGUCCUCCAAAUAACAAGUAUACUUUAAAAGAUGACACAAAUAUUUCUAAUGCUGAAUGGUUAAAGGAUAGAAUGUUAUUUCGUUAUAAAAAACCUGUAUAAUGUUUAAUUUAUCAAUUAGAUUAAGGAAUCAUUUUCAGAUAUGAUUGAUUAAUUAGAGAAGGAAGGAGAAAUGAAUUUUAAAAAUAUAGUUCAUCCAGUAAAAUUUUAAUAAGGUGGAUUUGAUAAUAUAGAAAAAUAAGUACCUAAAUCAGUGAAGAGUGAGAAACCAUUUCCAGUUUUUAUUUUUGAGAUAUAAUAAUUAAUUUCUUAGUUCUUAUUCACUAAGUAUUGA